AUGAUUCAACUGGCGUCUGCUGCAGUGUCCUUCUUCUUUUUCUUUGCUACUGUGUUUGUGGGCGGGGCUGGACACCCCUUUUCUGGCCGUGAGGUUCCCAUCUCGAAUGGUUCUGGCUUUAUAAUAAGUAGUGAUGGCCUGAUAGUGACAAAUGGCCAUGUGGUCGCCAACAAGCGUGGUGUUCUUGUCAAACUGACCAAUGGUGAGACUUACAACGCCACAGUUCAGGAUGUGGACCAGGCUGCAGACAUCGCCACCAUCAAAAUCAAUGUUAAGAAUCCUUUACCAACGUUGCGUCUUGGCAAGUCAUCUGAUGUGUGUCAAGGUGAAUUUGGGGUUGCCAUGGGGAGCCCCUUUUCUCUUAAAAACACCAUCACAUCUGGAAUCGUCAGCUCUGCUCAGAGAGACAGUAAAGAACUGGGUCUCUCCAACUCCAGCAUGGACUACAUCCAGACGGACGCUACCAUAGAUUUUGGAAAUUCAGGAGGGCCUCUCAUAAACCUGGAUGGUGAGGUCAUCGGCAUUAAUACCAUGAAAGUGACAGCAGGGAUUUCCUUCGCUAUUCCCUCAGACAGAGUCCGUCUCUUCCUAGACCGAUCUGUAGACAAACAGAGUAAGAAUGACCUCACAGCUGCUUGCUUUUGUCUGUGACAGAAUUUUUUUUCACUGACAGAUGGUUAUUGGGUCUUUUUUUCAGAGUCUUGGUUUGGAGAAUCGGGAUCGAAAAGGCGUUACAUUGGAGUGAUGAUGUUGGCUUUGACCCCCAGGUGCCAAACACUUUUAUUACAAUUUUACAGGAGAGCAAAAUUCAUACAUUAUGGAAUCUGCAGAUUUUUGUUAUUUACCACUAGAUUUGGCUCUUAGAAAUUCAAGUGCUGGAAUACCUGGAAAAUUGGCUUGUUCUGUUGAAAAGUGCUUAAUUUAUCAAGGAGAAUUUGUAUGCAAUUUUCACGCCGAAAAAUAAAAAUGUUUUCGAAUUUU